AUGAAGCUGAUCUUGAUUCUUGUUCUUCUGACACCUCUGACGAUGUCCCAUCCGGUAGCCUUAGAUCAAAAUUCUCUUAAGGAUUGGCAGGACUUUAAGCUCCAGCACGCCAAGUCUUACCAGGACAGCAACGAGGAGUUUCUGCGAAGGAAGAUAUUCCAUGAGAUUAAGAUCAACAUUAAUCAGCACAAUUUGCGAUUUGCCAAGGGUAUGGAGACCUUUAAGCUGGCCAUUAACCAGUUCAGCGACAUGUACAACACUGAGAUCAACUUCAUGAUGAACGCCUUUGACUUAGCCAAAAGCAGGAAUAAUGGAUCAACCUUCAUAUCGCCUGAAUACUCAACCCUGCCAAAAUUCGUGGAUUGGAGAUCCAAGGGAGCAGUGACCCAGGUCAGACAUCAGGGCUUUGAGUGCGGCAGCUGCUGGGCUCACGUUACGGCAGGAGCCUUGGAAGGUCAGCACUUCCGGAAGACGGGAAAGCUCAUCUCGCUGUCUCCUCAACAUCUGUUGGAUUGCUCUAACAGCUAUGGAAACCACGGCUGCCUAGGCGGAUCAAUGGCUGAGUCUAUUGACUACAUAAAGGAUAAUGGUGGCAUUGCCACAGAGCAAUCGUAUCCCUAUAGAGGGCUUCAAGGAGAAUGCAACAUGGAGAGGGCCAUGAUAGGAGCCACUAGCUCGGGUUAUGUGCACAUACCUCAAGGUGACGAGAAGAAACUGGCAGAGGCUGUGGCUUUUUUUGGACCCGUGAUCGCGGCCAUAGAUUCCUCCCAUCCAUCCUUUAAACUGUACUCCAGGGGAGUUUAUGAAGAGCCAGCUUGCAACGCCACCGCCUUAAACCACGCUGUCCUGGUUGUUGGCUUUGGAACUACUAAAAACGGCAAGGAAUACUGGCUAGUUAAGAACUCUUGGGGCAAGAAAUGGGGCAUUAAUGGCUACAUAAAGAUGUUGCGCAAUGCGAAUAAUCACUGUGGCAUCGCUAGUGUUGCCAUUUACCCAUUGGUUUAG